AUUAGAACCAAAGGUUAAGGAAAUAAGGAUUAUCAGGAUUAGGUGUCCCCAAUACAUCGCCUACUAACAUUGACCGCUCACCAGCUUGCGAAAUGCCAUCGCGCGAAGCCUGCCUGGUUCUCAGUCACUCGUGCGCAGCCCGCGCUGCAUCGCUUGUACAUUGUACUGUCAACAGUGAUUUGUGUUAACUGUCAGUGCACACGUGUGAAACAAAUGCAGUUUAGUGAUGUGACGAGAUUGACAGCUUCACUGUGAUUGACCCAAGAAUGCAAAGCUGAUCCACCAUGGGAGUCCUCAGUGUGGCAGCGACUGCUGCCAAGGCGGCCCUAGCGAUAGGUGGUCUCAGCAAGCUCACCUUCAUCCCAAUCAUGCUCGCAACCAUGGCAUACUUCAACUAUGACCUUCUAGAUCCUGAAAACAGGCCUUUUAACCAGAAACUCUUAAACGAGAAGUAUGACUUUGUUAUUGUUGGAGGAGGAUCGGCAGGGUCAGUGCUGGCAAAUAGGUUGACAGAGAUAGAAGGAUGGAAUGUCCUGCUGCUGGAGGCAGGUGGUCAUGAAACGGAUAUUAGUGAUGUACCGCUGCUGUCACUGUAUCUUCAUAAGAGUAAACUGGACUGGAAAUACCGCACUCAACCACAAGACACGGCAUGCCAGGCUAUGAUCGACAAGCGCUGCAGCUGGACCAAAGGCAAGGUCCUGGGAGGAUCUUCAGUCCUCAACACGAUGCUCUACAUCCGAGGGAACAAGCGAGACUUCGACCAGUGGGAGUCCUUCGGGAACCCUGGUUGGGGAUACGAAGAUAUACUCCCAUACUUCAAAAAGUCGGAGGACCAGAGGAAUCCUUACCUCGCUAGGGAUAAGCGACACCAUUCGACAGGUGGUUACUUGACCGUGCAAGAUUCGCCUUACAACACGCCACUGGGAGCAGGAAUGCUUCAAGCUGGAGAAGAAAUGGGCUACGAUAUACUGGACGUCAACGGAGCACAACAAACUGGAUUCGGCUGGUACCAGUUCACCAUCAGAAGAGGAACGAGAUGUUCAGCUGCUAAAGCUUUUCUGCGACCAGUCAGGCUGCGACAGAAUCUUCACAUAGCUUUAUUCUCACACGUCACAAAGGUCUUAAUAGACAAAGACACCAAAAGAGCAUACGGAGUGGAAUUCAUCAGAGAUGGAACCAAGCAGGUCGUGUAUGCAACUAAAGAAGUAAUUCUAUCAGCUGGGGCGAUCGGUUCACCUCAACUACUCCUACUAUCUGGAGUAGGCCCAGAAGAUCAUUUGAAAGAAGUCGGCGUUGAUGUGAUCCACAAUUCUCCCGGUGUUGGGAAAAAUUUGCAGGAUCACAUUGCUGUUGGUGGACUCGUUUUCAGAGUUGACUAUCCUGUUAGUUUGGUGAUGAACAGGCUUGUAAAUAUUAACUCAGCUUUACGAUAUGCUGUCACUGAAGACGGCCCUCUCACAUCGAGCAUUGGGUUAGAAGUGGUUGCUUUCAUAAAUACAAAAUAUGCAAACGCCACAGACGAUUGGCCAGACAUCGAGUUUAUGAUGACGUCAUGUUCCACACCGUCUGAUGGAGGGACUCAAGUGAAGAGGGCGCACAGUCUCACAGAUGACUUCUACAAUGAAGUUUUCGCUGAAAUCAACAACCAAGAUGUAUUCGGUAUAUUCCCUAUGAUGCUUCGUCCAAAGAGUAGAGGUUUCAUUAAAUUACGGUCCAAAAAUCCUUUGGAAUACCCAAUAAUGGUUCACAACUACCUCACUCAUCCAGAUGAUGUGGGCGUUUUAAGAGAGGGUGUUAAGGCUGCUGUGGCUGUCGGACAAACACAAGCUAUGAAGCGUUUCGGAGCCAGAUUUCAUGAUAAGCCUCUACCGAAUUGCAAACAUUUACCUCUAUACACGGACGAAUAUUGGGACUGUUUGAUAAGACAGUACACUAUGACGAUAUACCAUCUUUCUGGCACUGCAAAAAUGGGUCCUUCAACUGAUCCCAUGGCUGUUUUGGAUUCACAGCUACGUGUCCAUGGUGUCGAAGGUCUUAGAGUUAUAGAUGCUAGCAUGAUGCCUACUAUUACCAAUGGUAAUAUUAACGCACCAGUCAUGAUGGUGGCUGAAAAGGGUGCAGAUAUGAUCAAAGAAGCCUGGCUAGACAAAAGAAGUAGGAGAUCUAUAAACUGUACUAAAUUAGAGCAACUAGGCUUAGAAGAAAGAGGAGAUAAUUUAUGCAGUAGGGGAAGCUGACGCAUCAAAUGAAGUAGGUAGCUAUUCUUAGGCCAUAUUAAUUUUAAAAGACUCGUUAGGCUGUCAGCAAAUUAAAAAUACUUUUAGCUGCGGACUGACGGGUUUUAUUCAAUAUGUUUGCAAAUAAAGAUACAAAUCUAGUCGUUGCAUCACAAAAAUUCAACAAUAGUAGAUAAUAUUGAUGUAAGCUUUUUUAACAUUGUAUUGUUAGGUAUUUUAUUUUAUCGACUUUUGUACCGGUGACUAUAAUAAUUGAACGCUUUAAAAUGUAUAAAUAAUUUUAAGCAGGUUGUGUUAUCAAUAAGAUUGUAUUUCGUUAUUAGAUUAAUUUGUAAGAAAAACUAUCCAAAUACUGUUAUGUAUUAGUGCAUCCUUGUUGAAAUAAUGUAAGUAAUCCUUGACGAAGGCGUCUAAUUGCGUUUUUAAUAUUAGUAUUUUAAUAUGUGUGUGGAUGUGUGUAAAUAAGUAUU